AUGGUGAGCGAUCAUCAUAUCAGUGGUGCCUCUGCCGCCUCCAAUGACUCCUGUUUCCCACAGCCUGGUGAGACGGACGCGGCGCACCCGCAGACGCCGGAGGAAUACGCUGCUGCGAUUGAGGCGAUGCGCCAGGAGUGCGAGCGCAUUGCUCUGAAUGACGAGAGCCUAGAGAAGCGCCUGCAGCUGUACAGCGAAGUGGUCGGGCUGCGCAAGGAGCUGGCGAUAGUGCAGGAGGACGAGGAGCGUCUGCGCCAGCAGCUCGCCACGGCCGAGGUGGACAUCGCGGCGAGCGACAUGACGGUGGAGAAGGUAGUCACCAUCUUUGAGGAUGAGGCCAAGCAGUGCGCGCUGCAGAAGGUGUGGGUGGAAGAGUCGAAGACCUGCAACCCCGAAACUAUGGAGUGGGCCGAUAUCGAUGUCAACAACCUGCGCCAACGCGUUGAAGUGGCGCGCAAGAAGUUUAUGGAGGCGGUCGAGAAGGCCGACGCCCUGUACGUGCAGCAGCAGGACGCCAUCAACGAGACGACGGACGCCCGCGAGCGCGAAAAGGCAACCCUUGCCGAGAACUACGAGCGUGAGAUGGGAGACCUCAUGGACGCCCGCACCCAUGCCCGCCAGCUAGCCUCGGAGAAGCGCUUUCACCGUCGCCGUGGUACGGCGAAGGCCUCUCCCACUGUGCCGAUUGAAAAGGAGUGCGCGAUGCGUCAGCACCGCAUCGACGAGGAUGAGUUCCGCACUACCGCGCAGGUAGGCGCUAUGAAGGACGAGCUGGCGGAGCUGAUGGAGCAGGUGAAGGUGCUGAAGCGCCAGCUGGAUGACUCCCGUCAGGCGACAGAGGCGAAGUCCCGCGAGUACGAGGCGUCCCUCAAAGUUGUUGAGGAGGAGGGUGCCGACGCUCGCGAGCUGAAGGAGAGACUGUUGAAGGAGGAGGAGGAGCUAAAGGAGCUCCGGGUAGACCUCCAGGCUGUACUGCACUACGUGCGCGCCAAGAACCGCGAGGAGGAGGGCUGGUAA